AUGAUGUCGGUCAGGUCGGGGUGCAUCUGGGUCGCAGAAAGGGGAGUUGACGCUAUUUUCGCACAAUCAAGUACUCUUCACUCCACGGCACUUACUCCUCCCUCGGUUUCCGAUGCGACCAAUCCACAAAUGUCUUCUUCCAACCAUGCUUUAUUUCGAAAUGAAAAUAAGGGUUUGAGGGCGUCCUGGCACUGGACAUGCGCAAACACCCUCGGCUGGUCUGAGAGGAAAAUGCUGCAGUCUUCGAUACAGGUCACUUGCUGGCAGCGAAGUUGGCGAGCACACGAGACCAAGCAUGGUUCAACCAGCCGCAGAGAAACGACACUCUGCUCCUUUCGCCAGUCCAACAGACGCUCCUCGCUCUGUUGA